AUGAAUAACAUCGCAAAGAAGUGCCACAAGAAGAAUCCUCUCCAAUUUGCCUUCUGCCAACGAUGCGGAGUAUGGAGCUGCGAGGAUUGCGAAGUCUUUCCAAAGCCUAAAAUUAAAAGGCCAGAGACGGAAAGGAUAAGAAUUCAGAGGCCGAUGUCUGAGUACCGAACAUCGAAAAGAGAGGAGAAACCAAGGCUUCAAGGGCACACUGGUGCUGGGCAUCGCAAAUCCAAGCUCGAGGAGAACAAAAGGCCAGAGACCAAAAGGAUGGAGAUGCAGAAGUCGACAUCUGAGAACAGGGCCCUGACAAAACAAGAGCAGCCAAAGAUCGUGGGACACGCUGAUUCAGGGACUCGCAGAUCCAAGUUCCAGGAACAUUUGUAA